AUGAACUAUAAGACGUGCGUACAUGCAGGCAUAGACCACGAUCCAAGGGUUCAAUUACCAGUUAAAAAUAUGGUGGCAACAGAUUCUGAGUUACUGAGCGAGGUUGAAUUUGUCCAGAAGGCUUUUUUUGAGAAUAGUAUUUUGGACAAGACAGUGCUGUCACGCACUACAACCGCAGAUGAAAUGCCUAGUCUUGCAAUUGAAGCAUUUUCUAAGAGCAAUUUUGAUGAACUACACCAAGAAAUUGUGCUAAAAAUGGUGUUCAUGGAGAUAGCCAAAGUUGAAGACCACAACGUCAAACUGACACGAUUUGCAGUGGUCAUGGACUUCUGCCAUCAUAUGAGAAUUUUAAGUAGUGAGUCCCAAGAAAACGUGAAGUUUUGGACGUUGCUGUUCUUUGAGCUAUUCAAGAUGGCUCUUAGUCUCUUGAAUCUUCCACAGGGCCAUCUGGAUUUUUGGCCAUAUAUUGAAUCGCGCUUGGAUUGGUUUAAGCUUGGCUUUUCAUGCCAGUCUGACUUGCAAUAUGGACAAACUGCUUUGAGCGCAAUAAAAGCACCUUUCUCCAAAGUUACUUAUCAGAUUAAUAAAAUGCUCUUCGCGCUGCGAGUAAACUCAAAACUAGCUACACCGCAGCAUCAUGAGCUCUCGAUGAAAAUACAUUACUUUUUAUGUCAGUGUCUGCCUCCCAUGGAGCAAGCCAACACCAAUAAGCGCGGUAAUGUAGCCAAGGGCUUGCCAGAGCAGUUGUGGGACUCUAGAAAUCGCAAAAUUGAAGGCUCCGCUUUUUUCACAGAUUUCCAGAAAAUUCAGUCAGAUUUUAUUGAAUGCCCUGUUGAAUGGGUCUUUUCCCCACCUAAUGAAAGGCUAAAUCUACAUGAUUACUUGCUCCCUGUAAUGGAUGAGAUCCUUCUCCAUGAAUCUAAUUUCUACGCACAUAUCAGACUCAGAAAGCUGCGGGUUGAGAGGUUGAAUCAGAAGUCUAACUCGCUCGAUGUUGCAAGCCAUGGAUCCACUUCAACAGUGUUCAGCCGCGAUAACACUUGGUCGCAGUUUUCUCCAACCCCCACCUCCUACACCCCGCGGCCAUUGAUGUUAGACCAACCAACGUGGGACUCAGAGUUAGUGGUGUCGCAACUACAAGAUCCAUACAACGACUUUUUUCGCAAACAAUUCGUGUGUCAGCUACUUGUAACCGCGACCAUGAUAGAAAAUAUUCUUAGCGACGAUGCAACAGCUAAGUUUUACCGAACGAAUUUCAAACAAAGUGAAGAGGAAGCGCACACCAAGUUGGAAGUGAAUGGUAGCACAGAAGAAACACUGCGCGAAAUCUCAGAGCUAAUAACAAAAAGAAUUGACCAGUUCUACCUUUCCCGCGAUCUGAAUUUCCAAGGUGUUUUAAGUGAUAUUAUAAAAAGUGAUAGGUUAUUGACAGAUUUGAAGGUCAAGAAAGGGUUCAAGAUUUUUGACGGCUUCAAGUUUCCUACAGAGCAUUUGGAGAGUGUGCAGCCCUUCAGCGACAAAUUCAAAGGGUUUGGGUGGGUGAAACUGGGUAAUAAGAAGCUUGAUAAUGCCUGGAAAAUAAAAACUGGGCUUGAAGUCAUCAAAACCGACCACAAUAGCCCUCAAGAGCUUUUUCAAGACUUAGCAUUAGAGCAUCAAAAUAUGAACUUCGAAAAAGAGACGCUGUCCCAAGACAUCGCAAAUCAAUGGAAGCAACUGCGGAUUCUCAGAUCUCAGUACAUAUUCAAGCUCAGCAAUGUUGACGAGAAUACCGGUCUCGCCGGGCUAUUUCAUGAAGAGCUCAUUGAGAACUCCCGAGCAAAGAAAUCAACGCUGUCAGGUAUCCUGCAGGUGGCCAAAGAGUACUUUGAAGUCAAAAACAAGAGACAAGUUGACGAGGCUACACACGAUAUGUCACCACCUGCUAAGAGACAGGAUAUAGGAAGCAAGGCACCUGAGGGCUAUGCUGUAGGCGGAGAGAGUUUGGAAGGAGAUGUCACUCCCCAAAAUACCCUCAACGGUAAUGUUUUCAUUAGUUCGCCAGAUCGAGUGGUCGGAGGCAUGUCCGACUUUGAUAAUGAUCCAUCGCCCAAGGUGAUCGAUCGAGAAUCCGAGCCCACCACCAUUUCUCCAGCAGUAGCGAACGAUGAGGCCGAACAAGUCACGUUGAGUCCGACAGUCGGAAGCGUGAAUAAUAAUAGAGAGGCAGCAUCUGGAAGUGCUUUAAAAAAAGAACUUCCAUCAAAAGACAAAAUGGAGACAGAGUUUGACAACGGUGCCGAAGCCGAAACCGAGAAAGAUCCUGAGAAUCAAGAAGAAAGCAAUAAAACUUCUAUAUAA